AUGUAUAGCGGAGCAGAAAAUAUUGAAGCCAAUGAAAGGAGGACUGACAAACUGGUACUGUGUUUAAUGCGCCCAUAUCUUUUAAAAGGGCAUAACUUAUUUAUGGACAAUUACUACAAUUCAGUGACCCUUUCUGAAAAAUUACUUGAUUUGAAAACACACACCAACGGCAUGCUGCGUAAGACAAGAAAAGACAAUCCUAAAGAAAUUGUACAAAAGAAACUCCAAAAAGGCCAGCAUGUGUGGGCUAGGAAAGGAAAAGUCUAUGUAAGUGCCUGGAAAAAUAAAAGAGACGUCUAUAUGGUUACCACCAUGGAUCAUCCAGCGCUCAUUGAAGUCACAAACCGAUUUGGAAAAAAGAAAACUAAACCCAUAGAAGUGAACAGAUAUAACAAAUCCAUGUCCGGUGUUGAUCGCUUGGAUCAGAUGAUAAGUUAUUAUUCAUCACCAAGAAAAACUAUAAGUUGGUAUAAAAAGGUCCUAUUUCAUAUUAUGGACACCACAGUUUGGAAUUCCUUUUACAUUUAUAAAAAUUUUGUGAAAAAAGAUAAGAAGUAUGAGUAUGUGACAUACAGAGAAGAGUUAAUCAGGAAAUUGAUCGGCCUGAAAGAAGAAAAAGGAAAAGAUUUAAUUCGAAAUUCCAACAAGAAUGACAGCAGGCGGUAUGUGCUUCAAACUGAAUCACAGCUUCAUGAAAAUAUUGAACGCAGUAAGGUAGAAACGAAGGACAACUUUUCUCAGCCACAUUCAGGAAACCAUGGACAUUGGCCGACUCGCAUGAUGCCAUCUGCAAAUUCUAAGAAGAAGUAA